UAGCUCACACUCCCGUCGAAGCAGCAUGAGGGUUUACGUGAUCUUGGCUCUGGUGGGCGCCGCCUGCGCCGCCGCCCUUCCCCUGGAGGCCCCCGAGCCGGUCCAGGACACCGAGGAAGUGGUGCAAGCCAGAGCCGAGUUCCAGGCCGCCUUCGACGCCGCCGCCGCCGCCGCCGCCGCUGACGAGGUCCCAGAGGUGGUGGUUCCCGAGGGCGCCCCCGAGCCCGUAGUCGACACGGAGGAGGUCGCCGCCGCCAAGGCCGCCCACCUGGCCGCCGUCGACGCAGCCAUCGCCGCCGACGGAUCCCUCCCCGAAGUCGUCGUGCCUGAGGACACCGAAGAAGUGGCAGCCGCCAAGGCCGAGUUCAAGGCCGCCUUCGACGCCGCCGCCGCCGCCGCUGACGCCGCCCCCGACGCGCCCGCAGCCACCGUCUACACCGCCGCCAUCCCCGCCGGCCCCGUGGCCAUCCACGCCCCCUUCCUCGCCGGCGCCCCCCUGGUCUCCGGCGCCCCCCUCCUCGCCGGCACGCACGUCGUGGGCGGCGCCCCUCUCGUGGGCGGCUCCCCCCUCGUCUACAGCGGACUCGGCUUCCCCGCGGCCGUGCCCUUCGGCUUCCACGGCGUGCCCUUCGUGCAGGUCGCCGACGAGUGAGAGGCCGCCAAGGACCCCCUCUCUCCUGUGAGAUUUUUGUGCGACUUUUUUCUUCUUUUUUGACGAAAAUUGGUGGUAAUUAACGAUUUUCCUGUGGAAAUAAAUUUGGCUGCUGAA